AAUUUUUUAGUCACAACUUGGACGAGCUUAAAAACGGUUAUAAAUAAAAGUCAAACGCUGAGGCAAAAGAAAUAACGUCUUUUUCCAGAAACAAAAUCCAAAUAAGGGAACGAUUUUUUAAUAAUAAGGGAAUAACAAAAAAUUAUAUUAACAAAAUGUUCAAAUUGGGCAUACUCCUAUUACCUUUCCUUUUAGUUGUUGUUUGCAUGCUGCGCUUAGCUAAUGCUACUGUCCAACCAAGAGCACCAAAUUUCCAAUAUUUCGAAAGACCCAAAUACCGCUAUCCCUAUUAUGAUGCCAAUGGUCGUGGUAAAUUACUUUAUGGCUAUGGUGGACCGGAUUUGUAUCAAUACAAAACCUAUACCCCACUGGAGGGCAUACACUAAAUGAGCGAAACGUUAUAUUAUUUAUAAUUAAAAGUAUUCUGUAAUUUAAUGUUUAAGUUAUUUUUUAAAUUGACAAUAAAGAGAAAUUAUUUUGUAAACUUUUUA